AGGUGAGAAGUACCGGACCGAUUGACAUGCUAACAAGGCAACCCAUUAAAGGACGUCGACGCGGUGGUGGUAUUCGAUUCGGAGAGAUGGAACGAGACGCUCUGAUUUCUCAUGGCUGCUCGUACCUCCUUCAAGACCGUCUCUUUCAUUGCUCCGAUAAAAUAACAACUUUAGCAUGUAAAAAGUGCGGAUCACUACUUGGACCGGAAUUAACAGUGACAAAUAGGUGUGACGAGGACGAUAGAAGAUGUCGUCUAUGCGGCGAAGAAGAUACCGUAGACGAGGUUGAAAUACCGUAUAUCUUUAAAUUCCUUCUAAUACAACUGGCGUCCUGCAAUAUAAACAUCAAAUUGAAAUUUAAACGAGUUUAAACGACUGUGGGAAUGUGCGUAAUGUGCAUGUAU